CAACGUGGCGGCCAAAACUACUUUUUGCUUAUAUCCUAUUAAACGUGUAGUAGUUACGCUCAGAUGUGCUGUAAACGCUACCACAUCAUCUUUUCAACAUUUUCCUUGAAGUUUAAGUGCAAAUUUUGUGUUCCUUUAAACAACUUACUCAUUUUAAGAAAAUGGUGCGGGUUUGAAAAACCAAAUCACUAUUAUUUUGUUUAAGAUAUGACCCCCUAAUCGUUUUUCGAAGGCAAAAUCAUAUAACUUUCAUUUUCAUAAAAACGAUGUCACAUGACCUCUUAGUGCAAAUGCAUGGUCUAUUGUUGAACGUGUUUUGUUGUUGAAGUCGAUGUAUGAAGGAGAGAGGAAUUUUUGUUGAUUUUCUUUAGUUGUUGAUUUAGGCAUACUUCGAAUGUUGAUUAUUGUAUUAAUCGUUAAGGUAGGACGGUUUUUGUUGUUGAUGUAGAAAAAAAAUUUUGAACUGCAGAUUGGUUGUUGAUGUUGGUAGUGAUUUUGAUUCGUUGAAUUUUGCACCAUUCCGCCUACCAUAGUAUGCUGACCAUUUGGAGAGCUCCAAACGGUCAUGUGAGUUAAUCGAUCAAUUCAAAAUGAGAUCGACCUUUUUUUUUUCUUUAAGGAAACAGCUCAGCUUAACUUCGUCAUCAUGGUAGAAGGAGCUCGGCAACUAUCCCCAAAGGAGCUCCUCGUCUAUGAAGCCUUGAAGAAUGCAGCUACAAUAAAAGACAUUAACUCUCUAAUGUCAGAAGACGAAGUAAAUUAUAAGUUGGUGGAUGAUUACCUGUUUAGAGAAAAUACGUCGAAGACAUUGGCUGGACUGACAAUGCAAAAGGCAUUGGGUGGAUGGCCACGAAAUCGGAAGAAAGUGGUUCAGUUACUGAAGAUUCAGAUUCAGAAAGGAGCAGAUUUUCUCAGAACGUUGGCCGUCGAAAGCAAAAGCCAAGCGCCUCGUGAUCGCCUAAAAAUUUUACUGGAAAUCAUCUUUUCAGAAAGUAUUGUUCCUUUGGAACCGGAACCAGACGCUGGGAACAACAAUAACCUCAAUUUGGAAGAAAUUGCCGCUAAAGCUACGGAAAACACAGGUUUUCUCUGGGCUAUCGAUGGCGUGUAUCAUUACUAUUGCCACAAAAAGAAUCAGAAUUCGGUGCCAGCUGCCCCAAGUGGUCAAUACAAGACCCUCGAAAUCAAAAGAAAAGAACUGCUGCUCCACAAAAUCGAAGCUGAUCCAUAUUUCCGUAGCUUGACAUGGCUUCUGGAAACAAGCUUUCUUCCUAAAGGUGACAAGGAUGCCCCGAAUCCCAAGAGCAGAUAUCAAUAUCAAUCGCUUCCAGGGAGUGAAGAAUUGAAUGAUGAUGACAUCAUCCUGGGAACACUACGGCUUGUUUCUGACAUUAGAGAUGAAAUACCAGCCACUGAUUCUUACCUCAAGAGAGAAUAUCAACAUCUUUCCGACCAGUCAGAAGAAUUCGCUGUGGCACUAAUUGAUGAGGUCCAAGACGAAAAAGAUCUUUCUGCAGUCAUUAUGAUGGAUGAUAAAUUCAGUGGAGAAGAUGCCUUCAAAGAUUCGUUGACAUGGACGAGAGAAGAAAACGUUUCAUUGAUCCAACGUGCCAUCAAUCUACGAUGCAAGGCUGUAAGUAUUAAUUCAUGAACUUGGAUAGGGGGUCUUACUUUACUACCCCUUUCCGCCUUCCCAACAUUUUGAAAAUGCACCAAAAAAACAUAUCAGUCCUUUUUUUUAAGGAGAGGAGGGGAGAGGAGAGAAGAAUUUUACAUUGAACCAUGAUUAUAACCAAAAUUUACUUUCCUGUUUUCCAAAUCAAGUUUGUAGUGAGCAAGAACUGCCAGCAUCUGCUUAAGAAAGUGGUAUUUGGCCAAUCGUUAUACAGACUUUGGGAUAAUGCAGGAGUCAUGACCGACACAGGGAUGCUGUCACUUUUGACUCUUUUGGGGAAGGUUAUUCUAAGUUUCUUUUGUGCUACGUUUAUGACUUUCCUCGCGGUUCCAGUAUACGUUGUUCUCUCACUUGUCAGUUGGUGCCUGAAUAUUAAGUGGUCUGCCUGUAGAUGUUUUGAGUUGUUGGAGCGCCCAUGCCAGAGAUUUCUCCUUGAACUAUGGUGGUUCAUAGGCUUCCUCAGUCUGAUCAUUAUUACAUCAAGUGAAAAGAAUUUCCGCAGUCAAAGAUUGCCGUCUGGUUUGAGCUUGCCAGGUAAACACAUCUUAUUCUCAAUAUCUUACCCUCAGUAGCAUUGUGAUAGUUCGAGAGUUGGGUCAAAGGGCGCGCCCGUUGUGGCUGAAAAUCUCCUACCAAAUCUCCGGAGAGAUCGAUAGUCAUUUCACACAGGGCUUUUACUGCCAUUCGGCCUACAUGUAUCAUAUUUUUCGGAGUAUUAUAUUUUUUUUUAUGCGAUACUUACUUUGCUUUAAAACAAAACAUCAUCAUCAUCCUCUAUCGUCUAUCAUCCUCAUUCGUUCUGAUUGUUCUACUAUUAGUAAAAAUGCUGUGUGGAUUAGGUUCUCUUUUUUAUUUACUGGGGGUUGGCGGAUAAACUAAUCUCGGACUUCGCCUUUUAUUGUUGUUCCGCCAUGUAUUCUUCCUUGUAUGAUAAAUCUGUUAACAACGUAAUAAACAAACAAAUCAAUCCGUCAAUCAAUCAAUCACCAUUAUCAUCAUUACCACCACCGUCAUCAUUAUCGUCACCACCACCACCACCAACAACAACAUCAUCACCAUCACUACAAUCAUCACCAUUACCAUUACCAUUGCCAUUACCAUUACCAUUACCAUAACCAUCAUCAUGACCGCCAUCAUCACCAUUAUUAUCACUGUCACCAUCAUCAUCAUCAUCGUCAUUAACAUUACCAUCAGCUUCUUCACCAUCAUCAUCACAACUGUUAAUUUUUAUUUUCUCUUGUCAGAUAUUUUGGUGUUUGUUUUCGUGGUAACAUUUUCGCUUCGACGCCUCAUUUGUUUUUGGCGUUAUCUUUUUACGAUUCCACGUUACCGGCGAAACUGGCGCCUUAUUCUUCCAGAGUUCCUCACUUUUGUGGAAUGUGCCAGCUUGUUGUGUUUUACUACAGCGUUUUCGCUGUGGAUAACACGAUGGAAUGAUCUAGAUGGAUGGCGACCAUCAGAUGAAGACUAUCAAUUGGAUGACGUUUUUUAUUCCUUGGCAUCGUUACUUAGUUUCUUCAGGCUGGCCCAUUAUCUAAAGGUUAGGGAAAUUAUUAACUCAGAUUUAAAAUAAAGUCGAGAAAGAAAUGGAUGGGUGGAUGAAUAGGGGGGCGAUAACAAAAUAAACUGUUGUUACUUUUUUCCUUAGGCUCAUCAUACUUUGGGCACCUUAAAUCUGUCUCUCUACAUGAUGAUCACGAAAGAUGUCUUAUAUUUUGCAAUCAUCUUUGUGAUGCUCCUUUACAUUACUUUUGCGACCGCACUGGAGAAAAUGUAUUCAUACUUCGUCGUGGACAGUGGCAAGAAUGCAACUCACCCACUAGCCAGGUAGGCGGCUAAUAUAGAGCAGUCUUCGUGUGACUGUGAAAAGCUCGCGGCACGAACACGGUCGUGAAAUGAUACAGGGUAAUACUAAUCCUGAAAAUAGCACGGUUACGACAAGGCACCCAAUCUUCAUCCAAUCAAAUGUAUAAAGAAUGCGACCCACCAACUAGCCAGGUAAGGUAAUUAUUAUACCCUGCUAAAAUUAAGGCCAACAUGCAACUUAAACCAAAAUUGAUGGAUGACGAGACUUACGUUCGUAAUUCUCAGUUCUUAACCCCAAUAGGCAGUUUCCUUGACGUUCGAGAAAAUUUAGAAUUUGACUGAUUUUUUGAAGGGAGGAAAAUUGGAGAACCCAUGAAAAAACUCUCGAAGCACAGAAGAGAAUCAAAAAAUGCAAAACCAUACAGUCUUUACAGGUUUUGUCGUAACGUUUGUCUUUUUUUCUUUCAGCUACACGAGAACCUACGAUAACUUGCUUUGGGCAAUGCUGGGAUCAGACGAGAGGGAAGAGAGUGAAAUCAAAGAUACUCGCUAUGCCUACAUUAAGAAAUGGGAGGAGAUAUAUAUCGUCAUGUUUAUUGUUUCUGCUGUUAUUGUUGCGUUUAACAUGUUAGUCGCCACAAUGAAUCACACUUACGAGAACAUCAUGGUAAGUAUAUAUAAGUCAUUUGAAGUGUUUCCGCGCGCGAAACAAACGGUUCUGACUUACAUGUAAAGCAACAUGUACUGCCGUAACAUUGAAAUGUGGCUUCUCGUAAGAAUGGUUCUCGUAUGAGUGGGAAACAUAUGGUUCUGACUUACAGAACGUACGCGGUACGACAUACCGUAAUAUUGAAGUGGCUUUCAGUGUCUUUCAGUGUCUUUCAGUUAUUCAUUGAGAACAUGUAGUUGUAUUUAUGGCACAUGAAUAAGGCUGCAGUACGACUACACCUAUUUAUCGUAUCGUUUCCCACUUAUUUGAAAACCACACUCUAAAGCAAAACCUUUACUCGCUACAUCAUUCCCAUUCUAAUCUGUGUGUAGUUGGCUUUUUCUGUAUUUUGUAUUUUCUGCAUUCCUUGUCGCCUGGCACGUCUUCCAAAAUAAUCUUCCUUUAAAGACUUGACGCGAAGUUCACAUUUUAUAAUUAUAUUAUUUAGCGGAACGUCGAUAAGGAGUACGUGUUUUCUCGCACGAGGAUGUGGAUGGAAUACAUCGCUAAAGACCGCUCGUCCCUACCUCCACCUCUAAAUCUGGCAGACAUCAAAUGCCUUUGUACGGUAAUGCAUUCUGUCGUUAUUAUCAUCCUCAUCCUCAUCACCCACAUCGUUAUCUUCAUCACUAUCAUCUGCAUCGUCAUCACCACCACAACUAUCAUUAUUACCGUCAUCUUCUUCGUCAUCAUCAUCAUUGCCGUCAUUGAAACAUUUCCCCUCUUUAUUCCAGGCAAGAAACAAGGCAUUUCAAGAAGACCGCUUCAAGGAAAAGCAAAAAGAGGUAAACGAGUUGUUGAAAGUUGUUAUAUCCACCCACCCCUCUCUCCCUCCCUCCCUCCCUCCCCCCCUCCCUUCCAUCCUAUCAUUUAUAAUGAUCGCUAACAUCUUUUAUCUUCCUCUUAACUCCGCAGAGGAUUUCCAUAAUCAAGCGUCUUGUGUUCCGAUAUCUGCUCCGAUCCUUGGGACUCAACAACUCAGAAUAUUCUCACGAUAUUCUAAUUCAAAGUCAAAGCAGCGCUUGUCAGUCGCCCUUUGUCGUUUAG